AUGAGUCGCCUCGAAAAGCUCGGUGAUGUAGAAUCACAAAACGAGGAUGUCUCCACAGACCUGACAUGGUCUACUAUACUGAAGUGGGGUAUCAUCACCUAUACCAGCAUGCUCAUUGUGUUCAUCAGCAUAUGCAGCUGUUGUCCUUCACUCAUCGAAACGAAUGAUACAGCGAGUCUUGAAUGGCUGGCCUCGAUUGUCCAAAAGACGUCCGCCUACAGCGUUUGGACAUCACCGGCUGAUGCUUACGGGAAGAUGAAUAGUCGUACGCUGUUUGUCUGGCUGGACGGCGAUGUUGUCUUUCUGGAAGACCACACCAUUCCAACCAUUGUCAGAACAAUGCUCGACAAUCCCGACUCGUUGAUGGUCUCCGCAAAUGUCAUCAACCACGCAGCUCUUGAGGCUCUUCACAGUCAUCCUGGAGUUGCUUUGCCCUACCUCCCAGAACUUCAUCAGGCUUCGGGAGCUGCGCAACUACCACCAGCAAGAGUUUUAGAUUGGAGUACUUCACAUCUUCCACCGUGGGCUGGACCAGAAGAUUUCCGAGUCCUAAAAGGGUUUGCUCCUCCCGGCAGCAAGCAUCGCUGGCUCCUUUCAGAUGAUGAACAUGUCGAUCGGACUCCGAUCAGCACAUCGAUGUACACCACUGUUGGCCCGGGCUUCAGUGAUUGGACUGUCAAAGCCCAACAGCAUUACUCGUUCCUGCACCACCUUGAGUUGGGCGAACUCCAUCGAUACAAAUUCCCCAAGUGGAGCAAUCCUGCAGAUAUCAGCCCGAAUCUUCUGUGCUUCUGGGAUGCUGAUGCGAAUGUGGUGCAGUCCAGCAUCUUGCAUGGUAGUUCCUACGUGCCAAUCAGGUUCAUCGAGGAUGCCAACAAACCUACCAAACGCACCGUCAUCAUUGAUGGCAAAGGGUUGGCGGCACAUUACUCGGCGGACGCAGGCGCCGAAGAUUUAGACUCUACUGAUAUUCUUCAACGGUAUGAGGCGUACGCGAAAGAAAUAAUCUGUCCGAACGUUUACUGA